GAGGGAGAGCUGAGGCUUGCCCUUGUUAGGAGGGAGAGCUGGGGCUUGCCCUUGUUAGGAGGGAGAGCCGAGGCUUGCCCUUGCAAGCUUCUCUGCCUCAGCCUGGCAGCAGGGUGGCAUUGCUCCUUCCUCACUCCCAAGAGAGGAGAGGAGGGGAAACAGCCACAGGUAAGGCUUUGACCUUCUCCCUCUCCCCAGUUUGUAAGUACAUUGUUCAUGACCGCUGUGCCAUGAAGGCCCUGCCUUGUGACGUCAGCACCUAUGCCAAGUCUCGGAAAGACAUUGGUAUCCAGUCACAUGUGUGGGUCCGAGGAGGCUGUGAUUCUGGGCGCUGUGACCGCUGCCAGAAGAAGAUCCGGAUCUACCACAGCUUAACAGGACUGCACUGCGUGUGGUGCCACCUGGAGAUCCAUGACGAAUGUCUGCAGGCUGUGGGUCCUGAGUGUGACUGUGGACUGCUCCGUGAUCAUAUCCUGCCUCCGUCUUCCAUCUACCCCAGGUUCCUGGCAUCUGGACAAGAGCGUAAACUGAAGACUACAGAUGACACAAACUUGUGCAUCCCUGAGGCUUUUCGGAUUGACCCUGUUCCUAACAGCCACCCACUUCUAGUGUUUGUCAAUCUUAAGAGUGGCGGGAAGCAGGGACAGAG